AUAAGCGCGACAACUCUCUUGAAGUCCUCGUCGUCUCCUCCUACUGGGAUCUACCUGCCUGGCCUCAUGUCUCGAGGACAGGAUUCUCAGUGUUGGAAUUCUUCUGUGGCGGCCAGUUUCACGGAGAAGCAUGUUGCACUCCAGGAUGUCUCCUGUGGCACCGGACAGUUCUGUCGAGGCGAUCAAUACAUUCGUAUUGGGCAGAAAGGCUAUCGUGUUUCGGAGAGCAGCAAGCGCAAUGCCCACCGCAUUGUGUGUUAUAAUUGCUACUCGUACUACCGUGAUCGCCAACGAGACUCUCAAAGUUCGCAUGCUGCUGGACCUCCGCGAUCCUCGGCCCCAGCUCCAGAUGCCAAAGAGAUUCAACGCAUGAAUAAUCAGGGCCGUUUGGGAGAUGUCUCGCGUGCUCAGCAGCACGUUUCGAUUUUUCCUCGCUCGGGUGGCACAAUGGGCCCACCGUCAUCUGUUCCUGCACGCCCGAUUGUUGCAGCUCCGAGUGCCUGGGAUCGUUCUCGCAACUCUGAUAUUGUGUCUCAAAAAGGCUUGAGGAGUCAGAAUCAGUGGUCUGACAAGGGAUACUCGAAGAAUCACGCACAGUACCAAGCGUCUCAUGGCUCAUGGGCACGCUCAAGUUAUGUGGGGCGUUCUCCAAAGAUGUUGCCCAUCCUGGUUGGUAUUCGAUACGAGAUUCUCAAGAAACCAAGAGGCGAAAGCUAUGGAACCAUCAGCGAAGGCAGCGAAGUUCCCGGCGACGCAAGCGCCGAGUUCAUCUUCAACCACGUGUUUGAGGUCCUGUAUGACCGUCUCGUCGCAGAUGCCAAUUUCCAGUUCCGUGAGAACGAGCUCACUGUCCGGGACGUGACAACUUGGCAAGAUUUCAAGGCUCUCCAGUCUGACCACGUGUUCUACUGGGACAAGUACUACAAGAUCUCGGGCAAGGCGACAAAACCAGAAUGGAAGGCUCCCAGGGCAUCUGUUCAGAUUGCUCUAGUGAUUUUGGGCAGGGAGUGGCAACGACGCACGGAAAUGUUAGCAGCGUCUGAACCUGAUGCCGACUCAAAUGAAAAUUCUGUCAGUGCCACAGCGAGCGCCGUCCAGACUCGGGUCACUCGGUUUACAGCAUCCGUCUCGAAUGCAUCUGAUCAAACAGAGGCCAGCACCAUCAGGAGUCUGGCUCGAUCCACUGAUCGUGAGGCAACUAGGGCACUUUUGCAACGCUCUGGUUCCUCAUCAUCGAGUGCCGUAGUUCUCGGAGCGGCAACAUGGUCCCCCGAUAAACGCCAUGAACGUACACUGAGCCUUGGUGCUCCUUCGACACCUCCCUCGUCGCCACAGCUUCGAUCAAAGCGUUCACAUCCUGGCUGGCGCUCACCGGAUGAGGCGGACUUUGCCCGGCUUCGAAAGGUGGCUAGUGUUGGAGGUCAGGUAUCUCGAUCAGGCACUCGCGAUGUCCCAACUUGCGAGCAGAUUCUAUUUUUCCGCAUUUAUCCCAAAGCCAUGGACGCACUGUUCACUCAGGACGAGGCGGCGAUGCAGUUUGUGUGCGAUCCGGCUGUGGCUGAGCCAGGCACACUCAGUGUUGUCCUGUCUGCUGCUUUAGGGUCUGGUAGUUUCAAGGACGCAUACGAAGGUUUCCUCACCCUUGUUCGACCAUCAACGUCUCCCACUGGGCUCGGAUCAACUGUGAAUCAACGCGUUGCGGCCAAACGGAUGAUCGAUACAAAGGCCAGUCGACGUGAUACAGUCGGAAUCAGACAGUUCAGUCCGGCAGUCGAACUUGAGCAGAGCAUUUGCGAAGGGAAUCUGCUGCUUUGGGCAACCUCACUGUUCGACCUCACAGAUACUUUCGUCCGUCAUCAGCUCAGUAAGCUCAGGGAGCCGCCCUCCAAUCUUGUCAUCCCGGACAUUCGAUUUGUCGAGGGCGGCGUUGCACAAGUCCACGACACUGUCACUGGUACCAAUGUUGUCCGGGCAUCAUCCCUGCGCCGUUCUUUCAUCAUUGAAGAACUGAUUCCCUCUCGCUUUGUCAAAUUUGUCCAUAAUUGCGCUGCUGUUCCUCAUUUAGAUCCUGAUCACCCGUCGUAUCACAUUGCGCUCUAUCUCUGUUUCAUGCAGCACGUUCAGUACGUGUACACUGGACGGAGCAUGUUCUUGUCGGACUAUCAAGGUGAGCAUUCACUCGUUGUGCGACUCCCACUGAUUAAUUUGAUCAACCAGGCUCUGAAUCCCUUCUCACGGUGUGUCGGUGGGCAAGGAAGGGUGAUUGUUGGCAUCGCAUCGUUGUUCUCCGCCGCCAUCGCACUCGCUUAUCACAGCAUCGCCACCCCCGAUCCCUUAGCCCGCGGCUGUCCCAUCGUGCCCUCUGCCUACGUCGCUCCUGUCGCCCACGUCGCUUUUGCUGCCCACGUCUAUUGUGCCCACGUCACCUCUUGUCCCACGAUACCGUUCUCUACGCGUUCCCACGGCCUGCUGGGAGCCAUUGACCUCGCGUCGUACCCACUGACCCGACGCCAGCCCAGGCAACGCCAACGCAGCGCCUCGGAGCCAUCCCCGUUCUACACCACAUCACCAUUGACAGAACCGAGCGCGACCCCAAGCCCGAUUGCACCACGAGCCGCAUUCACGCUGCCCCAAUUGAUCACCCCACCAGUGUCCACCACUUCCCAACGUCCACCACCCCCGGCCCGACCUCCGCCCUUGAUUCCGACGCAAACCAUGCCCACUGUCGACAUUACCCCGUUUUCCGGCCGCCGGGAUGGUACCGAUAUGCCGACCGCUGACUGGGUGCGGGCAGUGCGGCAGGCGGUUGUUGACCGCCACUAUGCAACGACUGAGGACCAGAUACAAGCCGUCAACUACCACCUGAAACCGGACAGCCCUGCGGAAGACCACAUGGUAGGUUUGGCACCAACAGCGCCAGAACGCGCGUCCCUCGACACGUACUUGGACGAACUCAAAGCAAAGUUUCCUGGGCUCAAACCAAUACGGCGCACUGCAGCAUCGUACAAGGCAGAGCUCCUAAAAACGCGGAUCACGGUAGCGGAGCUGGCCAUGGAAACGGUGAAGAGAGGGGAGAUCGAGGUUUACGUGCAGGAGGACUUUGCCAAUCAAGUCGAGGACCUGGCCAUCCAGGCGAAGGUCAAGGACACGCUCGCGGGGUACCCGUUGUGGAAAGAGAAUCAGCCGGGCAUCAUCAUCAAAGCCCUCACGCCGGACCCCACCAACUGGUCGGACGUGGCAGCGAGGAUCCGGGCGAUUACUAAUGCCGACAUCCACGAGCUUGCAGUAGGACACCGAAACGCCGAGAACACGCUGCGAGAGCAACAACUCCUCAAGGCCAACAUCAACGACCUCACGCGUAGUUUCAGCGCCUUCCGCCUAUCGCCCACGUCUCACGUAGCCCCGAACCCUGCAAUGGUACACCCUCGCCCCACGGUUAUCCGGCCACAGAACCCCAGCCAGCCAGACCGCCCCCGCCAAGCCCAAUUUGAGAAGGACUAUGUUCCGUCAGCGGAAGAGGUCACGCACAUCCGGGCAGCUCGCGAAAAGGUUAUAUCACUUGCGCAACCUGAUACUCCACAAGGCCGGGUCACGUACAACCAACAGAAGGCCGCAUGGGCGUCCCAGCACGAUGCUGCGCGCGCCAACGGGAGCCAGCGCCUUUGGGAAACUGGGUACCCGCUUGCCCCUGGGACUCAAGCGCCGUGCAGCCGGGAGUGCUGGAAAUGUGGACAACCCAGCACGGAAACACGGAGUGCACCGCACCGUUCGUUCCAGGAGAAGAGAGACGCUUCAGAUACCUCUGCCAUACCUGGCUUGGCCAGACACGCACGGACCCAGCCCCGAGGACGACCUCCGGGAUUUUCAGGCUGGGCUGACACAGUAGGCGAUGUGUCCGCCCAUAACUCCGGUCAUUUGGACGGACCGGAGAGUUCCCACCGUACUGUCGAAACAAAUGUAUUGUCUCAUCUUGAACUCGAAACUGUCGACAUGUACGCUGCGGACGAGCCUGAGAAUCCACACCCCCUAUUCAAACACGAAGUAUCUCUCAAAGGACCAAAGGGCGAACGCGUGCGAGGCAUCGCACUUUUUGACGGAGCGGCGGGAGCUGGAGUGCUGGAUAGCACAUGGUUUGCGGCGAGGAAACACCGGCUAGGCAAGAUCUUGGCACCACGGAAACGGCUGAGGAUGGCGAAUGGUGCCGUGAUACCAUCGUCAGCACAUUGGGAAGGGCCCAUCGACGUCGGCGGAGUCGUGAUAAGAGCGGAGUUCGAGGUGAUUGACUCGGGUGGCGCAUGGAACAUCCUACUAGGGAAACCGCUGCUCCGGGCUCUGCAAGCAGUCCAGGACUUCAGGAACGACACCGUCUUAGUCGCGGAUGAGCUGCAGGAACAGCUGUUACACAAUACGGUGGGCGGCAAACGUCCAGUUCCAAAAGUAUCGCGAGGGGGAUGGCGAGAGCCGAGGCGAGAGGCCUCUGUGGGGGACGUGUUGUCCGCAACCUCCCCCCCGAGGCGAGUACAAACCAAUGCCUCGAUCAUACAAGACAAGACUGAUGUCGUUGCGAGUAACCGGACCAGACAAAGAAUAGGCAAUGACGGAGAUGCCAAUGACAGGAUACAAGAUGGGGAGAAGGACAGAAGAGGGGGAAAAGAGCCUACGGCGUCGCGUGUGAACACAACGGGGGAUGUAUUGUCCGCAAUCUCCCCCGCGAGGCGAGUACUGCUUGACGUCCUCCCCCGAUGGUGGGUUACUAACUACCCCACUUACGGUGACACCAAGGGCCGCCGGAGGAACGAGCACGCCAAGGAAGACCAGAGAAACGUACACAUGUCCGAGGCGCAUGUGGCCUUCAAGGGGGUUGAGUCGUGCGCGAUCACCCCCGCGAGGCGAGUCCAGAUGACCCCUGCUUCCGAGACCAAUACUGACGUGUUCGCGAUGGAAACGCACACAGGGAAGAAGCCGGGAGAGGUCAUUUUCGAGCCGGGCGAGCUGGUCCAGGUGAACAGGGGGAAACUGGAGACAACGAUGGCGGCGGUUAAGAAGCUGACGUUUGCGUGGGGCGCACCGUACCGGGUCAAGACGAAACUGCUGAACUCCUACGAAUUGGAGACGAUGGGUGGUGUCGCGGUGGCAGGGCUUUUCAAUGCGAGGCGUUUGAGGCGAUUUGUGCCGAAGAAGGGAUCAGAUCUGGAGAGUAUCCACCACGCGUAUUUGGCGGCGCGCGGGUUGGUUGGCGUCGGGACGUCGCCACAAGAGGGGGGGGCACAUGUGUCGGUGGGCAAGGAAGGGUGA